GUUGUUCCCGAAACGUGAAGUUAGCGAAGCUGUUUCAGUUAAACUUGUUUACAGGGAGUUGCCAUCGCGUGCGGAGGUGUUAGCCGAACGAUAUUGGCCUUGUUUAGAUUGACUUUGAAGCUAAUCUCACCUAAUUUAGCGUCCAUUUGUUUUUAACUACCAAUGCCUGGAGGCAAACGAAUUUGUGCUUGGUCCAUUAAAACGUGUUAACGUUAGCUAGUGCUUACAAGCUGAUUUUGUAGCUCGCUAACUAGCUACGUUUGUUUUCCUGACAGUUCCCUGACAGUGAGGCUAGUAAAGUAACUUACUGAGCUAAUGUUAGCAGCAACUCUGAACUACCACGACAGAACAGUGUCAACACGAAACCUGUCAAAUGUGUUCGAAGUUGCGACUUGGUUUUCACGUAGUUGGCUUCAUAACACUCUAACGAAACAAAGCUGAUGGUGCCGAAGUAAAGUGUUUGUUGACAGCCAACGAGCUAGCCACCGAGGCUAAUUGCAUUUGAGCUAACGAAAUGAGCUUGACAAAGGAUGCCAAGCUGUGACUGCUGGUCUUGCACCUCGCUAAAUGUGUCCUGCUGUAGUGUCCAAACAAGGGGCUUCACUGAGAACAUCCUGAACAUAUCUGGUCCAACCACCAUGGGGGUUUAACUUAUUCUGCCCCAGUGUGGCUGCCUACAGUCUUGACAUCUGUUGCACCUGCUAUCAGCUGUCCUUUUCAACGUUUCUCCCAAUUUGGUGGCCUCACUUAAAUCCCAGCACUGCUCCACCCAGUGUUAACCUGAGCAGCGUUCUCUGGUGUGGAGAAGUGAAAACAUCUGGGUGGGUCUGCAAGGCACCAAAAACACCAACUGUACUUCUUCUUCCAUCAGAGUGAUGGUGGGAACAUUGAUCCAUUCUGGAGUCUGUGACUCCUGAAAAGCACUGACUCUUUGCUUUCACACUGAAGUUCUUGCUGAGUAUGACGGUCUGAUUUAGCUUCACCGGAGGGCGUGACAUCCGUUGGCACCCUGAGAUUUUGAGAAAGGAACAGUUCCCACCCAGUCAGGCUGACUGCUUUUAUGUCCGGUGUACUGGCUUGGAGACAUUUACGAACGCAGCUUUCUCAUAAUCAACCUAAAAGUCGCCAACGUGGUCACUGACAGUUUUUUUGUAGUCCUCAGCGCAGUCUGGUUAAAGAACCUGCUAAUUGUUUCUGAUUUAAGAUGUGGCUGAAAUUGGAAAAUCUAUGUUAUCGACUAUUGAGCGGUGUUGGUGAAUUUGUAGCCGAUGCAAAGAUCUGAUCAUAUCAAGACAAAUUCCUUUAUUUGAUUUAACCAGUGCAACAUCUACACACUCAGUAUAUAGCAGUAUCCACCCCUCAGAGUUGGUUAGCAAUCUGCUAACCAUAGAGAAAAAAGAAGAAAAGUGGGAGUUUCAAACAAGACAUCUUAAUAGAGCCAUUCAUCAGUCUUCUUUUACAUUUAGUAGACACUUUUGCCCAAACCGAUUUACAGUAAUUCAUGCAUACAUCCUUCACUGAUGGCGGAGGCUUCCAUGCAAGCUGCCAACCAGCACAUCAGGAGCAGUUCAGGGGUCAGUAUCUUUCCCAAAGUCAAUGCAGACUUGGGGAAUCGACCUCCAAAAACAAGAUGCUGGCUCUACCCCUGAGCCACAGCCGCCCCACAUUUAAUCACUAUUGAUGAUUAAAUCAUCCAUUUUUGCUCUCUACCUCUUAGACCUCCACAGCCUCAGUUGUGCACAAACAAGAGGCUUUAUACUUAUUUUUAAAAAACAAAAAUGUGAAAUUAUCGGUUAUCUUAUCCGUAUCAGCCAAGUCAAGCAGGUAAUUAUCGGUUUUCUGUGUGAAUGAAAAAAAAAAAAUCCAUAUUGUUCCUACUUAAUUUUGUCCAACUAGCAGUCAGGAACCUAAAAGUAUUUAGUGAGAAAACACAGAAGACAAAGAAACCCAGCAAAUAAUGUCAUUUGAGGAGCUGCAACCAAAACCUUUUUAGUUUUCCUAUCUUGAAGAUGAUUAGAGUGAUUAACAAUAUCUAAAUAAUGUCUGAUUGAUUUUGCUCUUGAUGGACUAAUUCAUCUCAAUUCAGUAGUUCUAUUUAAACCUCUUGUCUAAUAACAAUGCAUCAUCAAGAAAUUGUUGUGGAAUCACAAAUGCAGUUCAAUUCUACAGCUGCUUAUCAGAGAUUUGUGUAAGAUAAGAACCAUCCCUGCCUUUUAAGUGAGACACUCAGGCGAUCAUAUUAAAUGUGUAGUAAUGAAUUGUAGUUUGUAUCUGUUUUUGUAAUUGUGUCUGUUUUAGGCAGAACCACAUUGCCUUAGUCAGUGCUUGUCUAUCGAUUUUGUUGGCGCUUUCAUUUAAUUUCCAACAGUCUAUGAAAACAUGCACAUGGACAAAGGUGGCCAGCUGAUAAGAUGCGGGGGACAUUGGACUUGAACAGAGAGGUCGGGGUGGAGAUGACAUGAGUUCACCGGCUGAGCUGAAAGCUUUUACAACCAAAGAAUGUGAAUUCACCCAAUAAAAGUUGAUACCUUCUGAUUACUACACCUAUUGUGUGCAAGAGCAGAUGUUGGAGCUUGUACAACACAAGUCGAACAAGCUUUGACUUACGAUCCGCUGUGCUGACAUGGAGUUUGACAUAUUGAUUUGUUGUUACUCAAUAUGCAAGUGUUGAGGUUCGUCUUGUUCUUUCAAUUAAUGACAGACACGUUUGAGCUUGAUGCAGUAGUUGAGUGUUAAUUUCAUACACUUUGGGACAUUUUUGUGACAGUGGUCAGAGCCCUCAUAGAUCGGGAUCUCAGGCGAUGGACAACAAUAAUGGUUUUAUUUUCAAAGAAAUGGAAAAAAGAUGAGAUCGUCUCCAGGUGUCUGUGUGGUAUGAGGCUAUUUAAGUAAAAUCGGCUGCUUAAAAGAUCCAAGUGGAAAAGGCUGGAACACCGCAGCCCGGUGGGGAUUUAAGAGCCAUGCACAUGACCAAUAGUAACCUCUUGUGUUCCCUCAUUCACCCUCCCCUCCUCCUCUUCCCUCCUCCUCCUCCCUCCGUCUCUCUAUCUGUUUUCCCUCCUGUCUCCCAUUGGGCAUUGUAGAAAGGGACUUCUUUCCUACUCACUCGCUUCAAGAUAUUGAGUCACUAAAACUUCCGCCCAGUAAGCCACAGGGGUUUUGGCAUCCUCAAGACUCCUCAGGCAAGAAAAGUCAUCCAUCCAGCGCAGGAACAUCGACAGACUGUGGUCGUGGACUCACAUGAGCGGGAUGGAUAGGCGAUAAAUAAGACAUCAGCUCCAGAGGUAAGGUACACGUUGAUUUCGUUAUGACAAGCUGCUGUGCAGAAGAUGUCCACGCUGUCUAUGACUGAUAUCCCAGAUGUUGGUCAUGAUGAGAGUAAGGUGUUUGACGGGGCCUCUGAGCUGCAGCUGGACUGCAUGGUUGAGGGAAGCAGUGGAAGCGCCACAAUGAAGCACGACGGCCUGCUGUCGCUGGCUGACCUCUCCCACCCAGAUGACUUCCCUGUCCCCCCUCACAACGGCCCUUCACUGACCGACAUGAGCAGCCCUCUGGCGAUAGAGCCAAGUGACAUCAAGCUGGAUCCAGCUGCAGGUGACACAUCUGCCAGCACAGAUGGUCAGCCAGUGAAAAGAAAGAAGGGGCCUGCUCCGAAGAUGCUUGGCAAUGAGGUGUGCAGUGUAUGCGGUGACAAGGCCUCUGGUUUCCAUUACAAUGUGUUGAGCUGUGAGGGCUGCAAGGGCUUCUUUCGACGCAGCGUCAUUAAAAGCGCCCAGUACUCCUGCAAGAACAAUGGCCGCUGCGAGAUGGACAUGUACAUGCGCCGCAAGUGCCAGCAGUGCCGCCUGCGCAAGUGUCGGGAGGCGGGCAUGCUGGAGCAGUGUGUGCUCUCAGAGGAACAAAUCCGACUGAAGAAGAUGAAGAAGCAGCACGAGGAUGAGACGGCCCGCUCGUCCACAGUGGUCACCCCCACCCCUCCACUGGAAGCAGCCGCACUGGAUCCACAGCAGCAGGAGAUGAUUGAGAAGCUGGUGGCCAUGCAGAAGCAAUGCAACAAGAGGUCGUUCCUUGACCGGCCAAAAGUCACACCGUGGCCACAGAGUCAGGACUUACAGAAUCGAGAAGUGCGUCAGCAGCGCUUCGCCCACUUCACUGAGCUCGCAAUCAUGUCAGUCCAGGAGAUUGUGGAUUUUGCUAAGCAGCUUCCUGGUUUCCUAGAGCUCACAAGGGAGGACCAGAUUGCUCUACUGAAGACAUCAACCAUUGAGAUCAUGCUGCUUGAGACGUCUCGGCGGUACAACCCUGCUAUUGAUAGCAUCACGUUUCUGAAGGAUUUCAGCUAUAAUAAGGAGGAUUUUGCCAAAGCAGGGCUUCAGUUUGAGUUCAUUAAUCCCAUCUUUGAGUUCUCAAAAGGAAUGAACGACCUGCAUCUGGACGAGGCUGAAUACGCCCUGCUCAUCGCCAUCAACAUCUUUUCUGCAGAUCGGCCGAACGUGCAGGAUCAUGAUCUGGUGGAGCGACUGCAGCAGCCCUAUGUGGACGCACUGCGCUCUUACAUCAUGAUAAAGAGACCAAAUGAUCACUUGAUGUUUCCCCGUAUGCUGAUGAAGCUGGUGAGCCUUCGUACACUAAGUAGCGUCCACUCGGAGCAGGUUUUUGCACUUCGCCUCCAGGACAAGAAGCUUCCCCCGCUGCUAUCUGAAAUCUGGGACGUCAAUGAGUGACUGCAGACCUGAUGUCACCUGAUGUGGCUGUGUGAAGACUGAGACAAACAUUGCAUUGAGCAGGAUCACUGACUCCUUUCUGCCCAUCUGGUCAGGGAUUGGUUAUAACAUUUUUUGUUUUGUUUUUUUUUUCUGGUGGGAGGAGAGCAUCAUUGUCCUUUGCUCUCAAACAGACUGCUAAUUGGUUUUGUGUUCAUAAGGAGCAACACGAGCACCUAGUUUUCCUUGAGCGAUUCUGUUGUUUUCUCUUUUUGUGUAGAUGCUGACAUGAUUGUGGCGAUAUUAAAUACCAGCAUCAGGCUCUUUAGCCAGUUAUCUCUGAUUUAAUAUUUGUUGAAGUUAUGUUGAUCUCUAGUGCAGUUCUGUACUCAUCCUCUAAGAAUUAUAAUGCAACAUUUCUGAGCAGGUCUUAGCUGUGGCUGUCUCAAACAUCAGGAUUACAGCUGCUCGUUCAGUUCAAAUAGUGAUUUUUGCAGUUGUGCAAUAGGUGGAAAAGGAUAAGCAUGAGCAGACCGAUAUCUGCUGUUCACUUUAUUGAUGUUCGGGUAAAACAGUAGGCCAUGUGGCUGGUGUUGUGCAUAGCGAUAUGGCAACAAAUAGUUUGUGUUCCUUUUGGCGUAAGUGCAGAAAUCAAAAGGUUGGUGUAGUCGCUCAGGUAAAGUAAUGUGAAGCAGACCUCUGGAAACCGGAGGCUUCUUUAAUUUCUAUUAGAUUAGUUUUCUUCCAAGUGCAUAAGGGACCCUCUUGGUCAUUUAUAGAUGCCCAUUAACGUUCAUGUAAAUUGUAUAUUUAUUUUCACAAGAAAACUGUAUAGAGUGCACAGAUGGAACGGAUCCACAAUAUUGUACAAUCACAUACUAACGCACAAGAAGGUAAACCUCAGUGCAGGUGACUGGCCGACUGCGCCCUCAUUUACACGAAAUGAUGAUGCGACUAAAUCUUGUUUUUUUUUUUUUUUUUUUACACAGAGCACUGGUACCUUGAAAUAGGUGGUACUAAUGUGUCCUUAAAAUUCCAUGUAAAGAUUAAAUGUUGUUUAACAAAGAAAGUCAAACCUUCAUCUCUGUGAGCCUCCUUUCAAAUGAAUAAUAUCCCACUCUGACAAAGUUGUAUUCUUAAAUCAAAACAGAAAUGAUUGCUUCUAUCUAACACCUUACUCAUCUUUAUGUUCAUGUGAGAUUUCUUAAUUUCAUUACAAGGCAGUACAGUUACUUUCAUAUUUUGGUUCUGUUUAUUAAUGCAAGCUUUUCAAGGUGAGAGAAAUGUACAAGCAACAUUUGUGUAGUUUGAACAGGAUGUAGAGAAUUUCACAGGCUUUUAUUUUUGAUAAUAUACUGUAUAAAUGAUACUGAGAUAAAGGUGUACAGCUGAAUAUUCACUGGAAAACGAGCUCAAUCUAAAGGUCUGCUGUUGUCUCUUGCCAGUGUCUCGACACCAAAUGCUUUAACUGGUCAAAUUCUGGAAAUCCUCACUAAAAAACUGUACCAAAAUCUUUAUUAACAGGGAGCAGAGAACAGGAGAUGAGUAGAAACAAAAAGUUCAUAGGUUGAUGAGGAAAAGUACAGACUUUUUAGAUGUUUAUAUUUAUGCUGUGUUUUCCAUGCAUUUUCCUGUGCAGUGUAAACUUGAAAUGCAUAGUGGAUGAUAAAGGAAUGUCACUGCAAAUUCAGAAGUGUGAAGUUUAUUCUCUCUUCAUACUCAAGAGAGCUGAAAACUUGACAACAUGUCUUUGAAGCUUGUUUUUGAAAUGAUGGUAAAUUAAGUGCCAGUUAGAUUCAGGCAUUAUAAAUGAUUGUAUUUGUUUUUCUCCACCCUCAGCUACAAUUUCUUAAUGGCUUUUAAUUAAUAAAAUUGUAUUUAACAGCUAAUAUGUCACAUGAUUCUUGACAUAAGCACAGAAAUACAAAUGCAUUCGACUCUGA